AUGGCGAACUCCGAAUACGCCGAGCAGUGCACCGCCAUCCGUGUCGAGCUCAAGGCUUGGGAGAAGGAGUUUCAGUCCGCCAAUGCUGGCCGCAAGGCAGGACGCGCCGACAUCAAGGCCCAUCCCCAUAUCGCUGCCAAGUACAAGGAAUACCAAAGACUACGCGACAUCCUCGAUGGCAAGUCCAAGCCGCAGCCCGCGCCCGCGUCUCCGAAGCGUAAGGCAAACCCUUCGGCUUGCCAGACACCCACGAAAAAGGUAAAGGUCACCAAAGUCUACGAGGACUCCGAGCUCCGCGAGCCGCGCGACGACAUGCUGCAUCUUUCCCCCACGAAGCUCUUCAGCCCGGCCGCCCACGAGCUUGGCCCCACUCCCCAAAAGGACGGCAUUGUUCUGGGCCUCUUCGAUCUCCUUCCCACCGAGUCUCCCGUCAAGAAGCGCACCGUCCUUGGUGACAUCACCGCGAAUGCCCAUCUCCAGACCCCGCAGAAGAAGCGCAAAGCCGACGUCGAGGAAGACGAGGAGAACGAGCUUGUCUGGAGCGGCAAGAUGGCCCGCAUGGGCCGCACCCCCGUGUCCGAGGGCAAACGCCACUUCUUGGACCAGUUCGCCACCCCCCAGAAGCGGAGGCGCGAGCAUGAGGAGACCACCCCGUCGUCGCGCGGCCAGGCCACCACCCCCGUCUUCCUCCGUAGAAACUUCAGACCGAUGCCGUCCCUAGCCGAAAGCACAAGCCUGCCUAGGAAGCCUAGGUCGUUCAACCGAACAUUGAGCACGAUUCUGCAAGAGCGUAGGAAGGAGAAGGAGGAUGACGCCAGGCAAGAGGCAGAGGCCAGAAGGCAGGCCGAGCUAGAAGCAGAGGCUGCCCAGGCUGAUGAAGAUCCCGAUGACGAUGAGGAGGCUGCGAUGCGUGAAAUGGAGGGCGAGUCUGCAGCUGCACCCGUGCCUCCCAGGGCGCCCUCGACCGUGCUUGUCGAAGACAGCCAAUUCGAUAUGAAGCUCGGCGCCGACGGCGAAAACUUCUCCGACUCUGAGCCCAGCGAGGGCGAGAACGAGCAGCCGCGGAGGGUGUGGAAGAAGAAGGGAGCGAAGAGGCAAACUCGCAGGUCAAACAUGCGUCCUGUCCGGACCAAGCCGCAGCCUCAGCAGCCAAGCCAUACCAUCCUCGACUCUGGGGACGAGAGUGACGCCACCGUUGCCGAAACCCAGCCUGCCAACGAGGACUUCAAUGACAGCGACGCUACGGCCGUGGAAGAUGACGAUUACGAGUCAGAGCACUCGCCCAAGAAGCGCAAGGUCGGAAGCAGCAGCAAGAAGCAGCCGACAAAGGCCGCAGCCUCGAAACAAGAGACCGGCGAGAAGAAGGAGAAUGUCGUCAAGAAGGCGGCGCGCAAGAUUAGCGCCCAGGCGCACGCCAAUUUUUGCAGGCUGAAGAUCAAGAACAAGAACUCCAAGGCGAAUGGCCGGGGCUGGGGUCGGAACAGGAGGUAA